AUGUCGGGCGCCGAUUAUUCGCGCGCGCUGGCUCGGGUGGCAGUGGCGCAGCUGGCCGAGCUCGCCGGGUUCGACGCCGCCCACGAGUCGGCGGUGGACAUUCUGGGUGACCUGCUGCAGCGGUACCUCGCAAACGUGUGCGCCGGCGCGCACGACUACGCGGAGCUGGCGGGCCGGACGCACACAAACUCGCUCGACGCGCUGCUGGCGCUGGAGGACCUUGGGGUGACGCCCGACGAACUCGACGUGUUUGCAGGGCUCACGCUGCAGGUGGGCCGUGUCAGCGGCGACAGCAGCAUGCGGUGCAGCGGCUUCAAGGCAGCUGCAGAGGGGAGGGGCGGCAGUGUGCCUUUCGCCCACGUCGUGCCGCGCUACCCUGUCCAGCAGCAAGCGCCCAGCGCCCCGACAUUUCAAGACCGCCACGAACCCCACCCGCAGCACAUACCUGCCUUCUUGCCGGCGUUUCCCGACGCCCACACCUACCAGCACACGCCAGCUUUCCAAGGCCACGAGGCAGAUGCGCAGCGGCAGCGCAAGGCAGUGUUGGCCAGCAAGCAGCAGGCGGAGGCUGCGCUCGUCAAGCUGCACCAACGGCUGAUCGCCACGGCGGCGGGCGCAGCGACGCAGGGCGCGGGCACGGGGGCAGGCGGCGCCACUGGCAGCGGCCACCAGCCAGGCGCCAACCCGUUCCUGGCGCCGCCAGUGGUGGUGGGGGCGGCCGACGCGGCAGUGCUGCGGCCCGAGCUUGGGGACGUGGCAUUGGGGGCUGCGGCUGACGGCGCAGAUCUGGGGGCGGCUGACUUUGACACUGGCGCGGCGCAGCGCGUCUUCCGCGUAGUGCUCCCACCGGCGGACACCCCGCAGAAGCACCGGCAGCUUGAUGGGCGGCAGCAAGAUCAGGCGUACCCGCAGCACGGUGCCAACGGCGGCGACGCGGCGAUGAUGGAUGUGGACGGUCCGACGGCUGGCAGCCAAUGGGUGGCCUGGACGCCCGACGCCCCGGGCGGCGUUCCCAUCGAUGGCGCUGCGGGCGGCCUACGGCGCCAGGACCUGCUGCAGUUGCAGUGGCAUGAUCCAGCAAAGGCUGCGUCGGUGCUGGGAGCCGCGGCGCGGCAGCGGCCGCCCGACGCGUACCAGGAGCGCGCAGAGGCGGCAAUGGCGGCAGAGGGCGCGGCGACCGGCGGCGCGCGGCAGCGCAAGUCAGCAUAUGGACGGGGAAACGCAGAGCUGCAGCGCGCUGACGAGUUGCUGCGUGCGGGGCAUGCAGCAGCUGUGGGCGGCGUCUUUGGCGAAGAUGAUGAGGAAUCAUAG